CAGCCACGGUAUCCCCUGCCUGUCGUAAGAGGCGACUAAAAGGGGGUGCAAGCAGCGCAAGAGAAAGACGGGAAUGAAGAAUAAAAAGUAUGAAUAUAAUGUAUGUAAGGUAGUCACGCGUGGCCGACAACUUUUCGGUGGGCAAAAAGGGACAGAUGCAAAGUCCCUAGAGUACGCCACCCCUAGAGGGCAGCUGUAUCUUUUUGAACAACUGUUAUUAGAUAAUGAUCUGAACUUGAACGUCAAUAAAAGAAUCAUGUGUUUUAAAUAAGGCUAUGGUUCUAUUACAGCCUUAGUAAUUCAAUCGUAUAAUAAAAUAACGUUAUCAUUAUAUUGUAUCUGAUCAGUGAUAUCAUUGAUUAAGAUGGUCGCAACGAAGGACACUGUUUUUCCUUCGGACGAGGAAUUAACCGUACAGGAGAUAAAUGUUAGCUGGCCUGCUUUGCAAGCUGCUUCUGUCUAUAUUGGAAAGAAAUGCGAAUGGCAUAAUAAUGAAUUCAUGUUAUGUAAAAAAGAACUGCACGACCCCCGACAAUGCAUCAACGAAGGAAAAAAUGUGACUUCUUGCGCGAUGGAAGUGUUUCGGGGUAUCAAGAAACAUUGUAAAAGCGAAUUUAAUAAUUAUUCGCAUUGUCUUGAGAGAUCUUCUAGUAGUAUGGAGCUUGAUAGAUGCAGAAACACGCAAAAGGUAUUUGAUAAUUGUGCUCUAAAGAACUUAAACAUAGAACGACCAUCUUUCGGAUAUUUUUGCGAAGCUAAAGUACACGAUUCACCGAGACCAGAACCAGUACCGGAGCAAACGGUAUAUCCAGAUGCUACGCCUAAGAUGAUACGUCGUCCAUAUCGUCCACCAAAUUAUGGUUACAGAACCUAUUGGUCGAACUAAUUUGUUAGUAUCGUUGUAAAUCUGUUUUUAUAGUUCGUAUAUCAAUGGGAAACAAAUAUAAUUCAUCCAUUAGGAACUGUACAAGGUAAAGAAUAAAUACAGUUAUAUAUCA